AUGAGCUUUGAGGGCGGCCUCAGCGGCAGUCUGCGCCGCGGGGCGGAGAGUGGGGACACCGAGCCGCCCCCGUCGCCUCCCCCUCCGCCGCCGCCGCCGCCGGGAGAGCCGGCCUCGGUCCCCGUGCCCCCACGCUACCUGCCACCGCUGCCCGCGCCGCCCGCGUCCCCCGAGCGCGCCGCGGGACCAGACGAGCCACCGACGGAGGUGGUCCCGCGGCGCCGGGGCGCGGACGAGCUCCCGCCGCCGCCGGCGCCCCUGCCGCCCGCCGGCCAGGAGGUGUCGGCGGCUGGCGACUCCGGGGAAGGUAUGAGGCGCCUUCCGGAGGCGGCGGUCCCUGAGGCGGCGGCGGCGGCGGCGGGGAAGGGCGUCCCCGCGGAGCCUGAGGCCGGCGCGGGUGGGGAGGGCGAGCGGCGGGGCGCCGGCGACCAGCCCGAGACGCGCUCGGUGUGUAGCAGCCGCAGCAGCAGCAGCGGCGGUGGCGACCAGCGCGCCGGGCACCAGCACCAGCACCACCAGCCCAUCUGCAAGAUCUGCUUCCAGGGCGCGGAGCAGGGGGAAUUGUUAAACCCCUGCCGCUGUGAUGGGUCAGUUCGGUAUACGCAUCAGCUGUGCCUGCUGAAGUGGAUCAGCGAGAGGGGUUCCUGGACCUGUGAGCUCUGCUGUUACAGAUACCAUGUCAUAGCCAUUAAAAUGAAACAGCCUUGCCAGUGGCAAAGCAUUUCUAUAACACUGGUUGAGAAAGUUCAGAUGAUUGCUGUAAUCCUAGGAUCCCUGUUCUUAAUAGCGAGUGUGACCUGGCUCCUUUGGUCAGCCUUCAGCCCCUAUGCAGUGUGGCAGAGGAAGGACAUCCUUUUUCAAAUCUGCUAUGGAAUGUAUGGUUUUAUGGAUCUAGUGUGCAUAGGUCUCAUUGUCCAUGAAGGAGCUGCAGUUUACAGAGUAUUUAAGCGCUGGCGAGCUGUUAACUUACACUGGGAUGUACUAAAUUAUGAUAAAGCCACAGACAUCGAAGAAAGUAGCCGGGGAGAGUCUUCCACAAGCAGGACUUUAUGGUUGCCACUGACAGCUCUGCGGAACAGGAACUUGGUCCACCCCACGCAGUUAACUUCCCCGAGGUUUCAGUGUGGCUACGUGUUAUUGCAUCUUUUCAAUCGGAUGAGGCCCCACGAAGAUCUGUCAGAAGAUAACAGCUCAGGGGAGGUUGUGAUGAGAGUGACUUCUGUGUGACCCAAGUGUAAGGCAGCGUGGGGUAGACCACCCUGCACAUUUUGGAAUGUAAUUGCAAUGAAUGGGGAAACCAUAGCACUUCUAAAAACACACAUCUAUGAACUUUUUAAAAUUUAUGCUUUUUAUAUGAACAUUUGAAUUGCAAAUACAUUUUUCUG